AUGAAGGCCAUCAAAGCAACCACCCUUGGCCACGCCGAGAUCGUCGAAGUCCCAGAGCCUGAAGUAAAGGCCAACACAAUCCUCGUGCGUCCGAGCUACGUCGGCAUCAACCCCUGCGACCACAUGGUCACAGAUUAUCUCUCUCACUGGCACCAAGACCAGAUCCUAGGCUGCGACUACUCAGGAACAGUCGAAGAGGUUGGUUCUGAUGUGGAGACCACACUGAAGCCGGGCGACAAAGUGUUCGGACCACUCGCCGCUGGCGCCGCCUAUGACCAUAGCAGAGGUGCAUUUGGAGAGCUAUUGCCAGCUUAUGGCGACCUGUGCUUUGCGAAGCCGACCAGUAUCAGCGAGGCAGGAGCAGCAAGUCUUGGAAUAGCUCUCUCCACCAUCGCUGUGUCGUUUUACAGCGACUUCGGACUGCCGUUACCAGAUGAGAAUCCAGAAUCUGGGAGAGGCAAGCCAUUCUUCGUCUACGGCGGGAGCACCACGACAGGGCUGCUGGCUAUCCAGUUCGCGAAGCUCUCAGGCUUUCGUGUGCUUACAGUCUGCUCGCCAAAGAACUUCGAGCUUGUGAAGAGCCGGGGCGCGGAUGAGGCGUACGACUACCACGAUCUUGAGGACUGCGCGAAAGAGAUAAAGGUCUCUGUGGGUGACUCACUGAAAUACGCAUACUGUUGUGUGACGAGCGUGGAGGCUCCAAAGCUCUGCGCUGAAGUCCUCACUCCUACUGGUGCCAAGUUUGUGACGAUAGCUGGUCCGAUGCCUGAGCGAGGUGGCAUCUACAGUCACUUCACCUUCGGACAGAGCGUCAUGGCAGAAUCGUACAAGACGUUCGCUGGGAGAACACCCCAGACGGCAGAGCGGAAGGAAUUAGGACUGCGAGUGUGGAGGAUGGCUGUGAAACUACUGGAAGAGGGCAAGCUGAAGCCGCCACCCCUUGAGGUGAGAGAGGGCCUUGAAGGUGCCUUGCAGGGUAUUGCGGACCUCAGAGAAGGCAAGGUGAGCGGAAAGAAAAUUGUAAGUCGGAUGGGCUUGUGA